CGGGCUUAGUGGCCAACAAAAACGCAAAAGCCCCAAUAAAUGCAUCCCCAGCUCCUGUGGAAUCCACGCACCGGACACUGGGACAACUAAGUAAUGAUAAUCAGGAGAUACUCAAGGCCACUUGUAGACCACGCGUGCGACAUAAAGAACCAUGUCCAUGAAAAAAAUUCUGAAAGUCAUCCUCAAUGAGGUUCCAAACAAGCGCAGCUUCAGCCUCCACACUCUCUCCCCGGAGCACCGCCUACUACAAAAAACCUGUCGCGACUUUGCUGAAGCCGAGCUGAAACCAAUCGCCGCGCAGCUAGACAAAGAGCACAAAUUCCCAGCCCAACAAAUCGAAAAAAUCGGCGACUUGGGUCUGCUGAAGAUCAACGUGUCGGAGCAAUAUGGCGGCUGCGGCCAUGACACUCUCGCCGUGGCGGUGGCCGUGGAGGAAAUCGCGCGUGGUUGCGGAGGCACGGGCUCCAUCGUCUCCAUCCACAACGCUCUAUACAACGGCUUAGUCAAUCGAGUCGGGACGCAGGAGCAAAAGGAGGAGUUUCUCGGACGGUUUACGGGUGGCGACUUGGGUUGCUUCGCUUUAAGCGAGCCAGAGGCCGGUAGUGACGUCAGUGCCGUGUCCACCACAGCGACGCUCUGCGGCGACUGCUACGUCCUCAAUGGUACCAAAUCAUGGGUGACCAACGCCCCUGUAGGUAAAGCGGCCGUGGUUUUCGCCACCGUCGACAAAACCCUCAAACACAAAGGAAUAACGGCAUUCUUAUUACCACUCUCGUCAAACGGGGUUACGUUAGGUAAAAAAGACGAGAAACUAGGAAUUAGGGCGUCCCCCACUUGUAACUUGAUUCUGGACGAAGUGGAAGUCCCCAAGGAUAACGUUUUGGGGGAAGUCGGUGGGGGGUUCGUUUUGGCGAUGACCCAGUUGGACUACGCGAGGGUGGGGAUAGGGGCGCAGGCUUUGGGGAUCGCGCAAGCCGCCUUGGAGCUCGCAGUGGCGUUUUCGAAACACAGGAAGACAUUCGGACAACCCAUUAGUAGUUACCAAGCGGUCAAAUUACGGUUGGCAGACAUGGCGGUGAGGUUGGAAGCGGCGCGGUUACUAGUGUGGCGAGCGGCGGCGUUGUGUGACAGACCCGCCAAGUCCACCAAGGAGUCGUCGAUGGCGAAGUUGGCGGCGAGCGAGGCGGCGACUUUUAUCACACAUGGGGCCAUCCAGAUUUUAGGGGGGAUGGGGUAUGUGAGCGAUAUGCCAGCAGAGAGACACUAUCGGGACGCCAGGAUCACCGAAAUUUACGCAGGGGUUAACGAUAUCCAGAAACUUCUAAUAGGGGAUGCGGUCAUUCAAGAAAAUUAAUUGGGGGUGCGUUACUUAUGAUAUUUUUGUACACAAACAGUGAUAUUCAUGCUUUAUAAAUAUAUUGAUACAGGGGAA